ACAACCAUGAGCAACGAACGAUACCCCAUCGCCGCCAGGCUUAUUGCAGUGAUGCGUAAGAAUGAAAGCAAGAUGUUCAUGAUAGCUGUAGUUUGGUCAGACCACAGUGAAAUCAUUGUUUACAGAUCAUUUCAGGAGUUCAAGAAACUGCACAAGCGUUUGAAAAAGCAAUUUCCUCUAGAGAACCCAUUCCGAAGAUCAGACAGAGUGAUUCCCAGGUUCAGAGCAAGGAACGCAAAAACCUUUCAGGGCAAGGAUCCCAGCAAGUCACUGCGUCGCUUAGCAUUCCUAGAAAAGUACUGCACUGAGCUGCUCAGCUGUGAACCUCGGGUUACUCACAGCUCAGAUGUGGUCCAGUUCUUUCUGCCACAGAACCAGGACCUGCAGCCAGACUUUGGGAAGAACAGCAUCGUGAUCCUGCCACUGGAGGAUAUUGAGAACAAGAGUGGAGGGGUCGGCCAUGUUACAGACAAGCGUCUCAGCAUGGGCAACGUGACACAGCCCUUUGUGACAGAGACAUACCGCUGUGUGGCACCCUACGAGACCAAGGACACCAAGAACAGGCCCUUCAAGGUGGCUGUGGAUGAGACGGUGGAUGUUCUCAUCAAAGACAAAGCAGGCUGGUGGCUGGUGGAAAAUGAGAGCAAAUGCCUGGCCUGGUUCCCCGCACCUUACCUAGAGAAGUGUGACAAUGAGGAAGAAGAGGACGAUGACGAAGAUGAGACACCUGAGGAAGGUAUGCUGUACUGUGCAGUAAGGAGCUAUACAUCAAAAAAGGAGGAUGAGAUCUCUGUGAACAUUGGCUCUGUGGUGGAGGUGCUGCAGAAAUCUGACGAUGGCUGGUGGCUCAUCAGAUUCCAUGGCAAGGCUGGCUACGUGCCCUCCAUGUACCUGCAACCCUACACCAACCCACUCCUCCACUUCCAGACUCUGCAGAAAGAGAUGCGUAGCUCCACACUUAACCUGGCACAGCUGCAUACCUCUGAGGGCAGCACACUCUCUAACCGCACCCAUGCACUCAGCCGCCCUCAGGGCAGCCAGGCCCCACGUUCCCUCUUGCCCAGGGGAGCCCUCCUCAGUCGGGCUGACAAGCAGAAGUCCCGCUCGCUGGACGUGCUGUCCGAGCCCCGGCCCAGCCCAGCCCUCCCACACGUGGCGGAAGAGGGCCAGGCAGAGCCCGAGAGCCGCAAGAGCAGCCUGAGCGGAGCCAGCGAGGGGAGCGAGUUCAGCUUCAGCGACGACAGCAGUUCCUCGGGCAUCGACUCCCUCAACGGCAGCCGCCUGGAAGGGGAAGAGCCGCAGUACAGUAACGGCUCCCUGCUGGCCAUGGUGGAGCAGCGCAGCCUGGCUGAGGGGAAGCUCAGCCCCAGCAGCUCUGACCCAAACCUGUCUAAGAUCCCCUCGGUUCCCAAGGUGCCUCCACGGCCCAGAGACCAGGAGAUCCUGAGCCGUUGCACCACCUUCACCCGCAAGGCCGCCCUGGCAUCCAAGGCCCGGCUAUUUCCCGAGAACAAGCAAAUUCAGGGCCGCUAG